AUGGCGCACUUCUCGUCCAGUCUGGUGUUAAUUGUGGCCGUUUCCAGUGCAUUUGAAUUUGGAGUCAUUGCUGGUGAGAGCCUGGCCAUCAGCGAUAACAGCCUUCGGAACCAGGAACCUGUGCUACGGUCUCGCUCUUUCCAGUUUGUGCCUUCCAUGGGGAUAGAGAACAGUAAGUUGCUUAAUAAAACUUGCUGCCUGAAUGGAGGGACCUGUAUCCUGGGGUCCUUCUGUGCCUGUCCACCUUCCUUCUACGGACGCAACUGUGAACGUGAUGUACGAAAAGAGCACUGUGGAUCUGUCCUCCAUGGCACCUGGCUGCCCAAGAAAUGUUCCCUGUGCAGGUGUUGGCAAGGCCAGCUCCACUGUCUUCCUCAGACCUUUUUACCCGGCUGUGGUGGUCAUGUGAUGGACCAGGAUCUCCCAGCAUCCAGGACUCCAGGACGAGCACCAUCUGUGCUGACUACUUUCAUGCUGGCUGGCAUUUGCCUUUUUGUAGAAAUGAAAGUGUAGCUGUCUGUCAUAUGAACUCCAUGCCGACAUCCUAACGAAGAUGAUCAUUUGUCAACCAUUGGGAAGUAAUGCUCAAAGUGAUCCCUGACACUCCCCUCAAAACACUAACUAGGCCUCACCUCUAUAUAGCUCUGUUCCUUUCUGGCUGUGCUGACAGUCAAAGCCAUAGCCUGUGUGUGCCAAACGUUCUAACACUGAGCUACAUCCCCAGCCUAAAAGCCACUCUACUUAAAAACUGUACCACAUGGCCACAUCCUGUGUGUUUUUUAAAUUUAUUUUAUUUUUAUUUU